CUUUAGUGUAUUCCGAUGGAUUUUAAAAUCGAACACACCUGGGAUGGUUUGCCAGUGAAGCACGAGCCAGUUCUUGUCAGGCUGACUCCAGACGGGGGAGGCGUGAUGCUGGAAGUUAGUGCUCCUUUUUUCAAUGAUCCACCAGCCCCUCCAGGAGAACCAGGAAAGCCCUUCAAUGAACUGUGGGAUUAUGAAGUUGUAGAAGCAUUUUUCUUGAAUGAUGCAAGUGAGCAGUAUUUAGAAGUUGAACUUUGUCCCCAUGGACAGCAUUUAGUGCUUUUACUGUCUGGAAGAAGAAACGUGUGGAAACAAGAACUUGCCUUAUCCUUCAGAGUAUCCAGAGCACAGACAAGAUGGGAAGGCAAAGCUUAUCUUCCUUGGAAUUAUUUUCCACCAAAUGUAACAAAAUUCAAUUCAUAUGCAAUUCAUGGAUCGAAAGAGAAAAGAAGUUAUGAAGCUCUGUACCCUGUGCCUCAGCAUGAGUUGCAAGAAGGACAAAAGCCCGAUUUCCAUCGUCUAGAAUACUUUAAACCUUUAACUUUUAACACUGUACUUGGAGAGGAAUGGAAACAACCAGCUUCAGAUAUUUGGCUAAUGGAAAAUGUGAUAUCUAAGGAGUAAAUUAUUACGUCAAUAUCUUUUCUCUAUAUAUUUGAAGUGAUUUUAUCAUUGCUAUUUUAAAAAGU